UAUCUGAUAAAUGGAAGUGAUCUGCGGGUCCGGACCUUGGCGCUAGCCUUCCCCUCCAGCUUGAUACUCCUGCCCUGCUUUCUCAGCCUUCCUUUAUCCUCUCGACCAACCCUUGCAUCACCAGUGCCGGGACCAGCACAAGCUACAGCAUGGUCCCGUCUCCACCCUCCUGCCACAAGUCUUUGAUCCCUGUUCAUCCCAGCGCUAUCAGCUCCACAACAAGCAUCGCAUCUGCCAGAGAAGACCAAAAACCCUCUACCUCCACCGGUCACCCUUCCGCGUUUGCUGCCUUCCACGCGAGAAGCGCGUCCGCACCCUCAAAACAAGCCAGUCAAAGGCUCGUCGUUCCUGAGGUCCCCGACAGUGCGGUUCCUGGAGGGGCAGUGGGACAGUACAGCAGUGCUGCCAGCGAUAUCGGCCUCGCCCUUUUCGGCGUAGAGCUCGUUAACAAAGCUUUGUUUCAAAGUUUAAUGGAAGAAAACAGUUGCUGUUUGCUUUACAUUGUGGAAGAUCAGCUGCAAGAGGUGGAACGUGCCUUCAGUGCAGAAUUUUUGGCCAAUACCAGGGUGCUGCGGCAGCAAGAUGCUGACAUUGUGCUCAAUGAUCAACGUGUCUCUGGAGCCAUCAUUUGUUCACCACCUGAGGAAGCUUCUGAGAUUGUAAUAGAUGCCUUACGAGCUGGGAAAGGUGUAUUUUGCGAGAGGCUACCCAGUUUAGACAGGCAGACAGCAGAAGCUUGUUUUGAUGAAGCUGACAGAUGUGGAAGACCAUUGGUUUGUGGAUUCUACAAGCGUUUUGACCCAGCACUGCAGUUCUUGUAUAAAAAAGUCCGUGACAGCCAGGCGUUGGGGAGGAUUCACCGGAUAUCAGCGAUUAGCAGCAUAUAUCCGGCAGCUUCUCUUAGCUUCCUAAAAAAGUCAGGUGGAAUUUUUUAUAAUGCUGCUGUGCAUGACAUAGAUGUUAUCAGUUUGUUGUUGGGAGAGAGUGCACCAGAUACAGUAUUUUCACUGGGACAUGCGUUCUGUGCAGAUAUGGCCUACUUGAAGGAUGCAGACACUGUAGCAGUCAGCAUGAAAUUUCCUAGCGGAGCAAUUGUUACUUUGGACGUCAGUCAGCACUGCACUAAAAGCUGUGAUCAGAGACUAGAGGUUCAUGGUUCUCAAGGAACGUUACGGGUAGAUAAUCAGAAUCCCUUGGGAAUUACGGAGCAUGGAACUUCUGUAUCCAUCUACUCACAGACGCAAGCCGAUCGUUACAGAGAUGCACACAGAGAGCUCUUUCGACACUUUCUUAGAACCCUGAAAGGCAAAGAACCUCCCAUGAUAACCAAAGAGCAGUUUCUCUGGACAAUUCAGGUAGCUGCAGCUGCUGAACAGUCCUGGAGAAAUGGAUCUGCUGUUGACUUACGCAAUGAAGCAAUAGAUUCAUCUGUGAUCAAGACUGAAAUAAUGUGAUGCACACUGCUGUUUUCUGAGGUGAAGGAUAAUCUUUGAGCUGUGCUACAGUGAGGUCUUUUUACCUAGUGAUGUCUCCACUGUUACCUUACAUAAAAGACUUACUGUUUUACAUUUCCACUGGAAACGCCGAGAACUUGGAGGCGCUUUUGAGCUAGAAGGGCUCCGUGCUGAUGUUGCAGAUGCCUCUUAGCACGUCAGCCAGGACCCUCCAGAGAAAUUUAGUGUGGUUUUGUCCAGGUGGCAUUUUCUUCUGGAGAGCUUUGUUGCUUGUGGAGUUUUGUUUUCUUGGGAACAGACCAGUGCUCCUCGGGAUGUGGUAAAGAGGUAUUAAACCACCACCCGCUGCGAUGGGAGCUGUGCGAGUGGCAGCUGUGGAAACGAGAUGGCGUAAUGCUCGAGAAAAUGAGAGCGUUCAUCUGGUCCACGCUCGCUUCCCUUCGGUAUAUGCAGGAGUGUGACUUCUGUGCUGAACUCGCUCCUUGGCCUCAUAGUUAUUGUUUCAUUUGUUGUUUUUUAAUGGGUUUUCUAAUAUCUUUCAAAUACAUAGCUGAAAAGUUAUGAUCUCCUAACUUUCUUGGAGGAUGGGGAAGAGGAAUGAAAAAGCAGGGAGGGAGUCUUGCUACUGCACUGGCUGUAGUGAGAGGAGAAACACUGUAGGAAGGCUGUGAAUUAAGACUGUUCCAUAGAGAAGCAACACACUUGGGCAUUUCUGUAAUAAACGUUGCAUUAUUAAUUUUUUCUUUUCAGAAUGCAAUCUGUGAAUUUGUACAGUGGCCCUGUACAACCCCUGUCACUGAGGUGUGUGUGUUGGCUGGGUUAUUCAGCACCUGCAUUCAGCAUUGUCUGGAUCACGCACUGCAACAGCAAGGUAGCUGUCUGCGUGCUUUUGUUUUCCUUGCUUAAAUGCCAGCCUUGUAUGUUAAUAUUUUAGUAGCAAAAGUGGACUAAUAAUCGCUUUCCUUGAGUGUAGGAGGGGUGGUGAUUACAUAUUGUAAAGAUUUUUUUUUUUACAGUCCAGCACAUUUGGAAUAUACAUCGCAGAAAAAGAUAGUGCCUUCAACAACAGGCAAGUCUGCUCUAAAGCCAGGUUAUUUUUCUCUUUUUAUUCUCAUGUUGAGCUUAUUGCAGAUAUAUAGAUUUGACUAUUCUUGUCUGUAUUUCUCAUAUGCCAUUUUUCAAGAUCUUUUGAAAGCUUUUUUACUGUAUUAAAAGAACAUUUUUGCCUUGAGCGUUAGUUGAUACACAUGUCACUUUUCUUCUGGAAAGACUCUUUAAUUCUGCUAGAUUCCCAUUCCUAUGUUUGCCGUAUAAGACUAAAACUAGAAAUAGCUGUGACAUUUAUAACUAAACACAAUUCUCUUGUGGAAAUUGUUUUUAACGGUGUAAUUUUUUUCAAACAUGGGAAAGCUAUGUCUUAAUGAUAAAGAUUGCUAUCAGUUUCA